AUGUCCCUGUUAGAGCCAACAUUCCACGGAUAUAUCCUCUCCAAUGAAGAUGCUUUAUGUGUGAUUGAAGCUGCUCUUGAUCAAAAGCUUCCUUUAGUUCAGCGCAGGCCGCUAGAUAGAGAACGGCCUGAACUUAUACGCCUGGGAAACGUGUUUGUGUUCAUCGAAGAAUCCUCCGACAUCAAGAGGUGGACGGACGGCAUAGCCUGGUCGGCAUCCCGGAUUUUGGGCCGUUUCUUGAUUUAUCGCAGACUUGACCGGAACGCUCUAUUGAGUAAGGAUGAUAAAAAGAAGGCGUCCCGAAGUGGCAGGAGGAAAGGGUCCAAGGACGCUCAAUACGUUGGAGAGGUCGACGUCAUCAAGAGGGAACAGGCGUAUCCACCUUCGCUGGCCCCAAACGACUUGCAUUCGCACUAUGAUAAUAUCGAUCCACAUCAUUCGGAGAACCAGGAUAUGUAUCCGAAUUUCAUCCUUAACGGACCCACGCCUCCAUCAUCUUCGGGCACAACCAUCCCAGUUGCUCAAGAUCGCGGGUUGAUGAAAAAGACGCUCACUCUUACGAUCCCUCCGUAUGAGUCUGACUCGGGCCUGACGAAAACGAUCCAUCUCAUAUCGUACUUCAGUGCGUUCGAUGUAUUGGCAGGGAACUUGAUUCGCCCCUUCCAGACAGAGCUAAAGAACCAAGUGAUUGCUCCUACCUUAUGGCUGGCCAUGAGGAGAUCAUCUCUUGGGGGGAAGCUCUUGUCGGAGGGCGAGGCCAAUUUUUACUUGGACAGCAAGUAUCAGCUACAAAACAUGACACCUGCAAAUGGCAAUGACCGGAGGCUACUGCUGGUGAUUCAUCCGGAAUCCCGCGGUCAGUCCGUACAUGAGCUUCCCCGCAGAUACUCGUCGGUGUAUUCCAUUGACUCUUUGAAAUCCGUACCAUCAAGUGCACCUGUGUCUGCUCUGUCUCGGGCUCCAUUUGGCGCUCCAUUACCUGCUCCAAUGACUGCCCCACUGAGGUCUCUGCUGACCACUUUUCCUGGCAAUGAGCAUCACUUCUUUCCCGACAGUGAUUACUAUACCCGCAAGCUUCCUUAUGAGGAGCCCCCGAAAAAAAGAAGCAGAUCGCUCCAGACAGAUGCGCCAGAUUCUCACUAUUCCUCAACCGAAAACUUGGCUCCUGAUGAGCAUUCUGCGCAACCUCCAAGACAACCGUAUCUCGUUCAGAACUAUGUACCUUCGCCAUUGCAACAUCCCAAUUUUGGCGGCGGGUACAGAGACUUUCGGCCAGAGGUUCCAAUUUCUUCCCCGUUUUCUGGAACUCCUGUUUAUGACACCAGUCAUUAUGGACCUGAAAUGUUUCGCAAUGUGCCCCCUCCUAUGGCGCACCCUGUUUCACACGAGCACGCAGAUAGUGGGUACGAGCCUUUUCUGGCACCGUCAGUUCCACCGACGUUGAACAAUCGUGCGUUUGGACUUCAAGUCUCACGACAAGCACCACAGUUACCAUUCGCUUUCAGCAAUGUACCAUCGUACCCUCACUUCCCACAACAAAGAUGGGAUACGCUUCCUACAGCUAGUCCUUUGGGAGUUGCGGCACCAAGACUCGAAGGCCAUGCAGAGGAUGUUGAACACGAACACCAUGAGAUCUAUGAGUAG